UUGGGUGAAAGAAAACGUCGAUCACGUUGUCAACAAUAGUCAACACCGCCAUUUUCCUUCCGAGUCGGAUUACACUUUUGAAGGAAAGAGUAAUAUUCCUCCGAAUCAAGCGACGUUAAACCUUCAUUCCCCCUCUUUAGGGUUUCCAUAGGGUUUAUUCUAAUCCCACCAACCACAAAAUCGGAGAAACAAUUUACAUGCCGACGACUUCUGUUGAUUUCCACUACAAAUAUCCCCAACCCUUAUGACCCCGUAAUAUUUCUCAAGAUUUCUGGCUGUCAAUAAUUAAUUGAGGGAGUGAAAAUUUGGUUCAAGAAUUUUAUUGCCUUAAUCAAUGGAAGCUAGAGUGGGGGUGGAAGGCGGUUCUGCCACGAGGAAGUUUCUCCAUCACCACCACUCACGCCAGGCGCCGCCCCCCCAGCAGCAGCCUCAGAUAUCGCAGAUUGGCACCGUGCCACAGCUUCUCGCCGGCGGCAUUGCCGGAGCUUUCAGCAAGACAUGUACUGCCCCACUAGCUCGACUCACCAUUCUCUUUCAGGUACAAGGCAUGCACUCAGAUGUUGCACUGAUGACUAAACCUAGUAUCUGGCGUGAGGCAUCGCGCAUAGUCAAUGAAGAAGGUUUCAGAGCUUUCUGGAAAGGGAAUUUGGUUACAAUAGCACAUCGGCUUCCUUAUUCUUCAGUCAACUUCUAUGCAUAUGAACAGUACAAGAGCAUAUUAAAAUCAAUUCCUGGUCUUGAUGGACGUAGUAGAAAUCCCGGUGCAGAUGUCUUUGUGCACUUUGUAGGUGGUGGCUUGGCAGGAAUAACUGCAGCUUCUGCAACAUAUCCAUUGGAUCUUGUCAGGACACGGCUUGCGGCACAGAGGAAUGCUAUAUACUAUCACGGCAUAAGGCAUGCACUUCAUACCAUCUGCAGAGAUGAAGGUUUUUUUGGCCUCUACAAGGGGCUGGGUGCAACAUUAUUGGGUGUUGGACCUAGCAUAGCUAUUAGUUUCUCGGUUUAUGAGAGUUUGAGAUCUUAUUGGCAUUCUCAAAGGCCCAACGACUCUACAGUUAUGGUCAGCCUUGCUUGUGGCAGUCUUUCUGGCAUUGCAUCAUCAACAGCAACAUUCCCCCUGGACCUUGUGAGGCGAAGAAUGCAAUUGGAAGGUGCUGCUGGUCGAGCGCGAGUGUAUAAUACGGGGUUGUUUGGAACAUUUUCACACAUUGUCCGUUCAGAAGGCUUCUGUGGUUUGUAUAGAGGGAUUAUGCCAGAAUACUACAAGGUAGUUCCAAGUGUAGGGAUUGUUUUCAUGACAUAUGAAACACUGAAGAAGCUACUGUCACAUGGAUCUUUUAGUUAAUUGGCAUUUCUUGCCACCCCUCUGGAGUGCAACCUGUGUCUCCAAAGAAGCAAUAAGGACAUAUGUUUGACUAAAAUGUGUUGAGGCAGCCACUAAUAGCAGAGCUUCUUUUUCGUCUGUGGUACUUCCAAAAAUUUGACGGCAGUAAAAAUUUUGUUCUUGCUGCCAAAAGAACAAUUUUCAGUGUAUAGGCUACUGAUAGCAUAGUGUGUCUCCCGUUUGAAGUAUUAUUUCUAAAAUAGUUUCUUAUUUCUUAAUAUAGUUUCUGAAUUAGGGACACUAUAGUGAUGAGUGUAUCAUCAUGAAAUUUUGUUGUUGCGCCACUAUGUCAAAUCCUGUUAACAGUGAUAUUAUCAUUUUUGGAGCCAAGCUCCGGUGAA